AUGACAAUACCUCGUCUAAGAUCAUUUGUCAAGUGUUCAGGUGGUCUUGAGGAUGUUCUGGUUGUUAAAGGACAUGGUUUGUCCCGGUCACUGCUAGAUAAACAUCCACCCCCAGACCACAUAGAAGAUCCAGAAUCAUUUAUAGAACUUGAAGAAUCAUCACGAUAUCCACCACCUGUAAGCACUUCCCACCAGCAUCAGUCCACUGUAUCUCCAGAUGGAGGAAUCCAGAGUUUCACUGACACAUCAACUGGGAACACCACUGACAGAAGUAGUGUUGAUGAUCCUUUCUGGGGCAAUGAUGAAUCUGAAAGGAAAGCUGCUCGAAAAAUUCAACAGCUUUUUGAACAAAUUGAUAGGGUUUUAUACGAACAACAGACACACGAGGUCCAUAGAGACUUGGUGCAAGAGUGCGCCGAGUGGACAUUCCAGUUCCCACAUCUCAGAAUCCUUGGUCAUCAGUUGGUGCCACCUCAAGAGAAAGGAUAUGAAGAAAUUCCUCGAACAUCUAUCUCUCGUCCAUCAACAGCCAGCACACUGCAAGAUGAACCAUCUCAGCUGGAAGACAUGGCACAUUUGGAAUCAGAUUUUCACUUGUUGAAUGUGACUGGAAAGGCAGCUGAGGUAACAAGAAUAAAGCCCCCUGACAGUGCAGGCAGCUUUGGGGCUUGUUCCAGUUCCUCCCAAGAAAGUGUGACAGGGAUUUUUGAAGAGGAAGAAAUCUUUGAACAGGAUGGCUACAUUGAGGAAAUAAUUGCAGUAGACUAUCCUGACAGAAUGGACAAUGUUCCUGAUCGUUGGAGGCCAAGCCUUAGCUCAUCGCAACAUCACCGAACUGGUUAUCCACCCAUUACUCCUCUUGCUUGUGUCCGAGACAGUAUUGCCAGUGCGACUUUUGAUUACACAUGGACCGAGGUUCUGACUUGGAUGAGGAGUUUGCUUAAUAUGUACUAUGAAUAUGUGUUAGUUGUCAAAUCUAUUCUGGUACCACUUCCUUCCUACCACACAGACACAAACAGUCUAUCACGAGAACCAGCCAGCAUCUGCCAGAAGAGCAGCCUGCCUGUUCGGAACCACUCUUUUCUAAGUGGUUCAUCAACCUGUCACAAACAACAUUCUCUUGAUGGAAUUCUCACAGUGAAACCAAAGGAAAUUGUGGAAAGAUCAGGGCCAAUUUUACAUGACAUUUCUGAAGGAGGGCAAUUACAGCUGGGUAGCGGCUGCAGCAAUCCCCACCCCCAAAGUUUCAAAGCUUCCCGACCGGCCAGUGUGAAAUACAAUCGACACGUCAAACUUUUACGAUUGGCUCCUUUGCACAAUGUACAAGACAGAUCCAAAACUCCCAGUGUGGAUGAAGAAGUCUUGAAAGUAACCAAACUAAUGCCAGCAGGGAGUGAAUGUCAGUCUUCUCCCCCUGGCUCUUUUGGUCAUCGCAAUGGAUGUCUGCCUCCCAUUUACCCUGAUGUGACUUUUGAAUCUCCAGUUACACGAUUACUGCCUAUGAGACGUUUCGGAGGUUUUAGUAGUCGUGUAAGCAGUGCUAUGGGAGACAAGGAUCUGCGGAGUACCUUAUUACAGAGGGAGCGGUCAGCUCUUUCUGUUGAAUCUCGGCCUAGCACGACACAUGCAACAGCCAGGUCCGAUACACCACUGCUGGUGUCUCGACGUUCAUCAACCCCACCCUGGCAACAAAGCUUCAGCACCAGGGGACAUUCAGUGAUAGGAACUCAGGCCGUGACUCUUGGAAUCAGUGGAAGUGGUCUCCAACCACCGCAUAUAACUGAUACAAUACACCAACAUUUGCCCUUAUCUCAAGCAGAAAUUCGAGAGGAUGAUGAGCUCCAUGAAGAAGAUGUAAGCACUUCAUGGGCUCCUGCCAACUCCUCCAAAGGGAUUCGACGGCCUCAGCCUUUCAGUCCAACAGUCCAUUCCUGA